GCCUCCUCCCCCGCCCCGCCCUCCCGGCUCUCGCUCUCUCCUCGCCCGCCGGGUGCUGAAGUUGGGCGGAUGGCAGCAGAGCCGCUCCGCUAGAGGACCGAGCAGCCCAGCCUCGCGCCCCCGGAGCCCGCGGCGCGCUGCCCACACUUCCAAGCCACUGGCUGGGCCCCCAGGAGCUGAGAUGCGGAAACGACAGCAGCUGCAGAGUGAGGGGGCGCCCACCGUGGCCCAGGCGCCUGGACAGCAGCGGCCCAACAACACCUGCUGCUUCUGCUGGUGCUGCUGCUGCAGCUGCUCCUGCCUCACUGUUAGGAAUGAAGAAAGAGGGGAAAGUGCAGGAAGACCCACACACACCACAAAAAUGGAGAGUAUCCAGGUCCUGGAGGAAUGCCAAAACCCCACAUCAGAUGAAGUCUUGUCCUGGUCACAAAAUUUUGACAAGAUGAUGAAGGCCCCAGCUGGAAGAAACCUUUUCAGAGAGUUCCUCCGAACAGAAUACAGUGAAGAGAACCUACUUUUCUGGCUUGCCUGUGAAGAUUUAAAGAAAGAGCAGAACAAAAAAGUAAUUGAAGAAAAGGCCAGAAUGAUAUAUGAAGAUUACAUUUCUAUACUAUCACCAAAAGAGGUCAGUCUCGAUUCUCGAGUUAGAGAGGUGAUCAAUAGAAAUCUGUUGGAUCCCAAUCCUCACAUGUAUGAAGAUGCCCAACUUCAGAUAUAUACUUUAAUGCACAGAGAUUCUUUUCCAAGGUUUUUGAACUCUCAAAUUUAUAAGUCAUUUGUUGAAAGUACUGCCAGCUCUACUUCUGAAUCUUAAUUUUCAUUUUGCAAAAAAUCAGUUCGGAGGGCUGGGAUGGGAAAUAAAAGUAGUUAAUUAACACCAGAAACUGAGUUCCUGGAGAACUACAGUUUAGCAUUCCUCAGGCUACUGUGAAAAUACAACCAUAUGGUCGUUGUCUCCAUUUUUAUCCAGGUCAUCCAUGGUUAAGUUUGGAGAAAAUACCACAUAAAACAAUGAAUUGCCAAAUUGAAUUUGUUUUAUUCAACACUCAUUCUAUUUGCAAGUAAACUGUGUUUGUCCUAUGAACAGUCUCCUAGUGUAUCUCCAGAGACUGCAUGUGCAUAAAACUGCUUCAUUUGCCAUGUAGUUGUUGUAAUAUUUAGUCCAAUGGCAUAACUUAUAUCUGUAUUUAAGGACUUUGUGCAAUAUUGUCUUAUAAAAAUAAUUGCCAAAAAAUUGGCUGUGUUUUGCAUUUUUAAAUAUAAUCUAAAACAGAAAAGGCCAAUUUUUAAAGUUGUAACAAUGGUAUUCCACAUGUUAUAUACUGUGUUCAGUAUACUAAUUUUGAAGCCAAUAAUUCUGUACAUGAAAAAAUGAGCUAUUUAUCUCUUGGAAAAUCCUAAUGGGGAUUUCUCUGGUUGUUCACUGCCAAAACUGUGGCAUUUUUAUUACAGAAGAGUUUGCUAUGUUAAAAAAAAAAAUAAGAAGAGAAAAAAAGCACAAAAAAUUUGAAGAUAUUCUAUCUCAAUGACAAAGAAUGAUACUGUUUUUCAUUGUAAUAGAAGAAAAUGCAUCUAUGUAUAUAUCAGAUGUCCACUACUGUAAUUAAUUUAUUGAAGACUGGCUCUCCAGUUCUAAAACGGUUGUGUAAAGUAUGUACUUUAGCAAGAAAAAAAAUAAUAAGCUUGAUAACUUAGUUUUGGAAUAUAUUGAAAGGAUUUAAUAAAGGAAUGCCUACAUGUAGCAUCAUAAAAUAUUUUGAGGAAUAGCAUCUGUCCUGUGGCAUAUUUUCCUUGAAAGUAAAAUCCAGUGAAAAGCUAAGUUUUUAACCAAUGAAAGUUUUAUAAAGAUUAUGAAGAAGAUAAUUCUCUACUUCAGACCUUAGCUGUUUUCACAUUUUAUCUUAAGAAUGACUUAUUUUAAACAUGUUAAAACCAAACUAUUAAUUCUCAUCCAUAAUUGAAAGGCAGUACAGUGCUUGAAUCUUCUAGCUGCCAUAUUAUUUUUUAUAAGUACCACUAAAUCUUUAAGACAAAAUAUGUGCCUGACAUUGGCAUGUAAUUUUGACACUUAUGAAAACAAUAUCCUGUCAUACACACACACACAAAAGUCAGUGUCAUAUUUAUAUCAAAGUUACAUUUGAAUAUUAAUAUCCCCUGAAGCCUAUUUUUUUAAACUUAAAACUUAAUAAAUAUAAUACUGAGUAACCUAAAAUGAAAGUUUUAAAAAUAUUUAUAUCCACUGAGAAUACUGGCCUUAUAUUAAGGAUGAUAUUAAAAUUAUAGGUUUUCUUUGUCAUUUUUAACUACCUCUCAUUUUUUUAAUUUAUUAAACUUUUUUUUAAAAAAACAAGUUUGGAGUUUUCUUUUUAAAAUUCAUUUUACUUGAAAGGUUGGCAUCAUAAGUUUCUUUUUCCAUAAACUUAAAACAUUUCAAUAAUUGUUUUUUUAAGUGAAUUUUAUUUUCUAACUUAUAUAGAAUUCAGGAGAUAUGAUUAAAAGGGCUAUUAUCUAAUCCCUAUGCAAAUAUUUUAACUGUUGCCAUGUUUGACAAAAUGGGAUUUUAAAAAAAUUUUUGAAGAGUAGAAAACAAAAUGUUCUGUUUACACUGGCGUUGCUGACUAUCCUACCAUAUUCAGCACUUUUAAACACAUUAUUUAUGAAAAUGUAGUUAAACUACAAGAUAGAAAAAUAUUUAUGAUAAUCAUUUCUUGUAACAAAUGCCUGUUUUUGUCUGAAAGUGUUAGUGCGUUAAGAUAUACUUUAUCCAUGUCAAUUAGAUAUUUACUAUUUGAAUAAUAGUUUUCAGUAAUAUGUUAAAAAAAGAUAACUAUGAAGAUGUUUACAGUCAUAUUUUUUCCUAAAGAGUGAAGAAAAACCUAAAAGAAUCAUCACUUGUAUUGUGAAUUCUAUUGUUCUUAAAUUAUUUAACUUUUUAAUUAGAAUUGAGUUUAUUAUGCUACUAUGAUGUAUACAUAUAUAUAUGUUGUAAUAUCAUACUUGUUGCUGAGUUUGAGGCACAAUAAGUUGGUGCAAAUGAUUAGAGAAUAUGUACUAUACUAUGAUACACCGCAUGCAUCAAUCUUUUUAAAUGUAGACUUUAUAUUCUUCUUGUUACUAUGUAUAGUGGUGACCUGCUAGUCAUGAGUUAUCUUUAUAAGAUACUUUGGACUAUGAGAUGAAUUGUCUGCUUGAAAAUACCUUUACUAUUUUACCAAAUGUAAAAGAUAAGGGCUCUUAUAAGGGCCCUAAUCUCUAACUUGGGCAUUUGUAGAAUACAAAUUUUGAAGUUAGUAUAGCCUUUUAAAAUCUGAUUAGGAAGUCAUGUUGAAAAUGAUUCUAGAGCAGGUUUACACAUCAGAUGUUGGUUACCAUGCUAAAUGAGCAUUUCUGUGCUAAAUUCCUCUUUUCGGGGGAGGGGAAGGCUUCUCACUCAAUUUCAAAAAAUCUUUAAAGUUUCUGAGACUGUGUCUUAUAUUUGCAACUCUACCAAUUUUUAAAGUAUGGUGUAAUUCCUUCUGUUUUAAUUGCAAAACUGUACUAAAUUUAAAAACCCUCGACUGGUAUCUAUGAUACCAUUCUAAGAGCACAGUAUUUGUUUUGGUAGAAUUUGAUUUUUCCUAGUGAGUAUAUUCUUCCCUGGGGAAAAAUUAGCACUUUAGAAGAUUCACUUUGUGUUUCCCAAGAUAUCUUUAUCUGUUAGGUAUCUUAUUACUGUGAGAAUCUGCUAAUGCAUGCACAAAGAGGUUAAUGCUCUUUCUAUAGUGCCUAACUUCAGAUGUGUCUAUAAAAGGAAAGUAGAGGAUAUAGAUUAUAUAUAAAUGCAUAAAAAUAAAUUGGAGAGCCAGGUUUCUUCAGAGAUGGGUCUUGUACAUAGAUCAUGCUAAUAACAAUGGAUGACAUUUCUUAUUUACUCUGGAUAAUUGUUAUUAUGCUACCCAAAGGUAAAAUAGAUGUCCCGACAAUGUUACAGGGCAGCUCUAAGCACAACAGGUGCAUUGGUAUAUGAACAAUAGGAAAAACACACUUAUGGUAUCGUUAUCAACGUUAUGAAGUGCAAAAAUCAAGACCAUAAUGUGGUCUUUUUUUUUAAUCUUAAAAUAAUGUACAUAGGAUGACCAGUUCUGAUAUUUGGUUAUGGUGUAUGGGGUGUUUAUUUGUAUCCUUUUAAUGCUGCCCAAGUUAUUAAAAAAUAUAUGUGUAUCAUAUAUUUACUUGAUAGUUCAGUUUUGCAAAACGACUAUAAAAAUAGGUAAAUAAUGUUUAUUUGUUAGGGGCAUAAAUACAUUUUCACAACAUAAGGCUGAUAUAAAAUACCUGAUUCUUAGUUUUGCAUUUACCCAUUUUUUCUAUACACUUCCAACUUACAUUGAAAAAAAAAGUUAUAUUGUAAUCAUGACAAAUUACAUUUGCAAGAAAUAUGUUAAGUGUUUUGAGGAAGAAAUACACAAGGAAAUUUAAAAUACAAUCAGAAAAUGAUAAGAACUCUUUCAAAAGCCAACUAAAAUUUCUUAGAUCUAAAAUGCCUGUUGAUAGAACCCUAUUAAACAUGAGUUUUGAAAACUUUGCAAUGGAUAUAGUGGGAACUUAGAGAGGUAGUAAAAAUAUUGCCCCCCAAUUUUUUUGCUUGUGUUUUUAUAUUGACAGCUUAUGACCUUAAUUUUCAAAGUCUAUUUUGCUAACACUUAAUAUUUUCAUAUUCUUUCAGUUUUUUAAAUUUCUGACCAAUAUAAAAUGUUUGUUCUCCUGAGAAAACAGUAUUCAGUCUGUAAACAUUUUAGUUAUGCCUCACUUGCUACAACUUCAAAUAUUUAUCAGUAAAACUGAUAAUCAAAACUUUCUUCAGAUCUUCCAACACUCUUCACAGUAUCUUGCAACAGACAAUAGUGCACAAAUUGAUAAGUAUCAUUUCCCAAUUAGUGCUAGGCUCUAAUUAUAAAUUCUAUUUCAAGUUACAUUUCUGUCUCAUGUGACUUUUGGGUAUUUAUCUUCUCUGAGCCUGCUUCAUCUUCAAAUAAGAAGUAUGACACUUCAUUUACAGCAGAGCCUUGAGAAGUAAUUGAAAUAAACAGAAAGAGUAGUGUUACAUGUUAUUUUAUCAAAGUUCUCCAGCUUAAUAAUGAUUCCCACCUUUCAAGAAUGUAUGUAUUAGAUGCCAUUUUAAUGCACUUUCCCUCUAUUUUUUUAACCAUACUUCAAAAAUUUGAUUUAAUCAUUCAUCUAAAAAAUUAUGACCAAGCUUAUGUUAAGGUGGAGAGGACUAUAUGCCUAUGUUGUUGCAUUGUUCAAUAAUGUGACUCAAAAUCACUAUUUUCAGUUCUCCAACAUCAUACUCUAUCUACGGCCAAGUAAUAUGUUUCUUUCAAUGACAUACACACAAGAUAUAUACAUGUGUAUACAUUUGUACAUGGGUGUGUAUGUGUGUGUAUAAUAUAGUUUAAACCAAAAUUUAAGUGAGAUUAUUUGAAAAUUUUAUUUCCAGAGGAAAUAAAUCAAUAUUCCCAACAAUAGGAAGAAUGUAAAUAUCAAGUAAUUUGCCAAAUAAAUAUGUAGGGGUCAAGUAAAACUAAGUCAUAAGAGAUGGGCCAUUAGAAAACAUUGGUAUUGGCAUGGUAUAGAAAGCAUUCUGUUUAAUAUUAAGGUGGUAUGAUUUUUAAAAUAUUUUUACCAUCAAAAUAUGAAAAUAAAAGAACAGAUGGUUGUGUUUAAAAAAUUUUCCAUGAAGACUUUUAUUUUAGAAGUUUUAGAUUUACAAAAAAAUUACAAAGUUAUUACAAAGUGGUUUCCCAUAUAGCACAUGCAGGAGACAUGUCCCAAUUUAUGAACCAGUAUCAGUGCAUUAUUAAGUCCACACUUUAUUCAGGUUCUCUUAGCUUUUACCAAGUGUCCUUUUUUUUUUUUGUUCUAGGAUCCCAUUUAAGAUACCACAUUACAUAUAGUUAUCAUGUCUCCUUAGGCUACUCUUAGCUGUGACAGUUUCUCAAACUUUUUUUGUUUUUGAUGACCUUGACAGUAUUGAGAAGUAUUAUAUUUUAUAAAAUGUCCCACAAUUGGAAUAGUCUAUUUU